AUGGAAUCAGACCGCCUGCGGAAAUCGGCUCUAGAAUCCAGGAAGCCAUGGACCCCCAGCGGAGCGCACAAGUACUGGGCCGACGCUAAUGCUCUUGAGUUGAGAGCAUCGUCAACACAUCGGCCAUGGUCGGCGGUUCAGGCUCGUGUGGACACCAGGCGAGCUUUCGAGAAGAAGCUGAACUUCUCCGAGGAGGAGAUCCUGGAAAAUUCUCGGCCUGAGAUCAAGGUGAAGGACAAGUCUGAGCUGAAAACUUUCGGUCGGCGAAAAUGGAGGGGGGUGGCGAGUCUUUUCCGCUUCUCCUACAGGUCGCAAACCCUGAACCGGACAAGGCGGAUGAUUCUGCAAGGGGUCAAGGAGAAGGCUGUGGGGCAGAUCCCAGUGUUUGCGGGGCUAGGAACGUUCACAAUCCGCUCUCUCUCGCUGACUUCGCUCAAGGGAAUGGGAAUGCAUGCAGAGGUGAAGCGGAUUUACAUGCAGAACAACCUCCUCACGUCGUUCGAGGGCUGGGAGUUCCAGCCCUCCUUGGAGGAGCUGCAUGCUGAAGAGAACUUCCUCGAGAGCUUUCGCGGCGUCUGUGAGCAGCCGAAGCUCGAGAGCAUCUGGUUGCAAGGAAAUCCAAUCACAAGAUGCUACUGCUACCGCGUCAUGGCGAUCUGUGCGUUUGGCAAGAGCCUUCGGUACAUCGACGGGCAGGCUGUGAAGAAGGAGGAGGCAGAGAAGGCGCAGGCCCUUGGAGCGAUGGCUGCGGAGGCCGUACGUGACGGAUGGCUGGUAGACACUGCACCCAAUCCUGACGCGGAGUUCGACCUCAGCUUCGAGGAGUAUAGGGAUUUCCGCAAGUUCGCUACUCCCCUGGUGACGUGGGCAGCGGAAGACAGUGACAACGAAAGAGAGAUGGCAGAUGUCAGCAGACAAUCGUUGAGAUCCUCUCGCUCACAACCUCGCAAGCUCGGAAGGAGUCAAGACUUGUUGCCCCCCAGUCGCCAUUCUGCCUCCCUGCACGGGAGCCGUUUAUUGGACCAGUCCGGGUCCGACGACGAGUCGCUUCACAGCGAAGACCUACAAGGGGAGAGGAAGCGAGUGAAUGUAGCUCGUCUCCUCCAGGUGUUGACGUCGAAGAGCAAGAUGCUGGAGGAGCAGCUGGGGGAGCAGCUGAAGAGUCAGGUGGAGACGUUGGACAGCAUCAGGAGGAAGCCUAGCCAAGGGAAGACUCUCGAGGUAGAGGAAGACGUAGAGGAGGACGAAGGUCUUGUGCGAGGAAACGGUUUCACAACUCCUGAGAGGAAUCGAGUUCGCGAGGAUGAAUCUCCUCCCGGGAGUGGGUCGGCCCUGAAGAGAAAGGUGGAAGCAAGGAGAAAGCAGGAGGGUUCGGACGGCCUGUCUUCGAUGCUCAAGGAAUGGUCGUCGCUGAAAAGCUCGAAGAGCUCCCUGAAGUCUUGCCUGGUGGUGGAGAAGAGCCCAGUAGAGGACUGGAAGGACGGGAGGAGGAAGCAGCGGAACAGGCUCAGCUGGAGUCAGAGUCCCACAGCGAGGCAGCCGGAGGCCGCAAGAGAAAGUUCUUGGCUGGAGGAGGAAGCAGAGUCGAAGCUGCGCAGCAAGAUCUUCACUCACGGGAUUGCUCCUCGCACGUCAAGAGGAUUGCAGAGGACGGUGAUGGAGAUCUGGAGCCGCGUCCUCCUACUGAAGCAGCGGGACGAGGCGACCAGCAAGGCAAGGGACAAGAAAACCCGGACGAUGAAGAGCCAGCAGCAUGAUGAAAGAGAUCCUUCUCCGCCGUCAUCUCCUCGGUCCGGAUCUGAGAGGCGACAAGGAGAAGGUGGUAAAGAGGAGCGGCAUGAAGGUAGGAGGCUGGAAGCUGAGAACGCUUUACCGAAUGCUGGAUCGUCUUCAGAUGAGAAACAGCAGGAGGGCACGGAGAAGAGAAAAGGGGAAAAGCGGGAAGAUGCCACGUCAUCGCGACCGCUGGAGGCGAUUGAAGAGCCGAGGAGAGAGAAGUCAGUCCAAGCUCGUCGACGAGAGAUUGAGGAGAGGCUGCGUGCGAAGCUCGAUUCGAACCGCAAGGGAGGAGAGCGAAAUGGAGAGCUGGGGGUCGAAACCUCGUUCGAUGCUGGCGGGUCGAAGGAUGAGGAGAAUGGAGUGCAGGCAUUGGUGUCGAUGCCGAGGCAAGGAGAUGAUCGUUCCGUGGAGAAGCAACUUGCCCAGCAUGCAAAGAAUGAGGAAGCGAAGAUGAAGGAGGGGCGGGUCGACGAGGGACGCGAGUCCGACGGGGAAGGGUCAUGGAGGUCGGGAGAGGAGAGUGGAGGGGAAGAUGAGGAGCAUCUGCGGAUGCUCUAUGAUCGCGAGGACAGACAACGCAGGGAAGAGGAGAAUGAUGCGCACAGACAGCGAGAAGUGGAGGCGGAGAGGGCGAGGAAAGCUCGGGAGGAGGAGGAGAGGGCGAGAAGGGCUCGGGAGGAGGAGGAGAGGGCGAGGAAAGCUCGGGAGGAGGAGGAGAGGGCGAGAAGGGCUCGGGAAGAGUCAGCGAGACCGAUGAGCCUCAAGUCCUUGGCGUACGAAGGAGGAGGAUGGCAACAGCGUCCUACCGACGAUCUAGUCAGCAGCGGUGGGAGGGACAGGAGAGCUGGAGGGGGGGAAGAGCGCGACUUGGAUCGAUCUGUCCCCCAGCUGAACACUUUCUUCUCGGACUUGGACAAACAGACAGACAAAGUGAAUGGAGGCCAGGAAGAGGAGGAAGAGGAGGAGGAGGACGUUGUGCGAAAGUCAGGGAAGAAGAAGAAGAGGAAGGAGAAGCUGGAGGAGGAUGGGCAGCCCGUGCUGCUCACCAACUGCGAGGUUAGAGGAGAGCUCAAGGUAGGCAGCAAGAUCGUCGCGUUCGCGAAGAGGGCGAGGAAAGUGAACCUGGUGUGCUCGUUCCAGUGGUACCGCGUGCGGGCAGAUGGUGGGGAGACACUGCUGGCAGGACAGACCAAGGCGUCCUACGUGGUGGUGGAGGAGGACGCGGAGCAUCGUCUCAAGGUAGUGACGUCACCAGUUGUGAAGGAGACGGGCGAGCAGGGAGUCGUGGUCUCCGCUGUCACUUCCAGCACUGUGGCUCCUUCCUCAAGGGAGGAGGAGGAGGAGCAGCAGCAGCCAGAGGAGGAGGAGGAGGAGGGAGGAGGGAGAAGGGAGGUCGAGCAGGGCGAUGGGGAGCCGAAGAUCGUGAGCUGGGAGUUGAGCAUGAACAAGUGGCAGCAGUACGUCGAGCCGAUUCAGAUCACCUACGUGUACGAGGGAGGACGAGAAGGUACGACGAGGAUCCGCUGGUUCAGGGAGGUGGAUGGGAAGGAAGGGUGCGGGGAGAAGGAGGAGGACUUUGAAGCCAUCGAGUUCAGCCAAGGGUCCACGUCCUAUCAGCCCAGUGUGGAUGAUGUGAACAGGUAG